AGUAACAAUAAUAAUAAUGGCUGCCGUAACAAACACAGCCACCCAACAACCACCGGAAACAGCCAUUGUGGCGGCGGUGAAAGCAGUUGAUAAACGCUACGAAGGAUUGGUAAUGGUACGGACGAAAGCAAUAAAAGGUAAAGGUGCUUGGUAUUGGGCUCAUCUUGAACCGGUUUUGGCCCGUAACCCGGAAACCGGUUCACCGAAAGCCGUAAAACUUCGUUGUUGUUUAUGUCAAUCCCUAUUCUCGGCAUCGAAUCCAUCGAGAACGGCUUCCGAGCAUCUCAAAAGAGGUACUUGUCCUAACUUUACUACUGCCGAUUCCAGUCCUAACCCCAUUUCCUCUACUCUUUCUCCGCCGCCGCACAACCACCGCAAACGGAGCCGCAGUGCUGCUGCUUUUAAGGUCGAUAAUACGAGUAAUAAUACUACUACUUAUUCUGUUGCUCCUAUUACCAUGAUUGAACCUCCUAGAUUCUCUGUUGAUGUUUCUUGCCCGACCCGACCCGACCCAGGCGUUCAUCACCAUGUGACGAGCAUGUUAUCUGGUGGCAAACAAGAUUUAGGGGCUUUAGCUAUGUUAGAAGACAGCGUCAACAAGUUAAAAAGCCCCAAAUCAUCGCCGGGUCAAGUACUAACCAAGGCCCAGAUUGACUCAGCAUUGGAUUUGUUAGCAAGUUGGGUGUUUGAAAAUUGUGGGUCGGUUUCUUUUUCUAGUUUGGAGCAUCCAAAGUUCAAGAACUUCUUGAACCAAGUCGGGUUGCCCGCGCCCCGAGACCUGGCCGGAGAAAGACUAGAUUUCAAGUACCGAGAGGCCAAAAACGAGUCGGAAGCUCGAAUUCGGGAAGCCAUGUUCUUCCAGGUAUCCUCAGAUGGAUGGAAAUCCAAGCAUGAAAGAAAACUGGUGAAUGUAAGUGUGAAUUUACCGAAUGGGAUUAGUGUAUUCAGAAGAGGGGUUUUUACAAGUGGUGGUUAUGUUUUUUCCAAGUAUGCCGAGGAUGUUUUAUGGGAAACAAUCGGGGACAUUUGUGGUAGCAACAAUCUUCAACAAUGUGUCGGUAUAGUUUCCGAUAGGUUCAGGAGUAAAGCUUUAAGGAAUCUUGAAAACCAACAUCAUUGGAUGGUCAACCUUUCUUGCCAGUUUCAGGGGGUUAAUAAGUUGAUUCAAGAUUUCUGUAAAGAAUUACCUUUGUUUCAUCAUGUGAUUGAUAAUUGUUAUAAAGUUGCAACCUUCGUGAAUACCAAGUCUCAAAUUAGACAUUCUUUCCUCAAAUAUCAACUGCAAGAGUACGGCCGAGCUGUACUGUUGCGGGUACCCUUUUUUGGUGGGGUUCACGGGAUUGGGAGGGUUGACUUGGAGCCAGUGUUCGAUAUGGUGGAAGAUGUAUUAAGCUCGGCGAGAGCAUUGCAACUGGUCUUUCUUGACGAGAGCUACAAGAUUGUUUCAACGGAGGAUCUAGUUGGGAAAGAGAUUGAAGCAAUGAUGAGGUCUCACUUUUGGAAUGAAUUAGAAGCCGUUCAUUCAUUGGUUGGAUUGAUCAGAGGAAUGGCUCAAGAGAUUGAGAAAGAAAAGCCACGAAUCGGGCAAUGUUUGCCACUUUGGGAGGAGCUUAGAGUGAAAAUCAAGGAAUGGUGUGGGAAAUUUCAUAUUAAUGACAAUCAUGUAGAAAAAGUUUUUGAUACAAGAUUUAAGAGAAACUAUCACCCUGCGUGGGCAGCCGCGUUCAUUCUUGAUCCUUUUUACUUGAUUCGCGACACAAGUGGAAAGUACUUGCCGCCAUUCAAAUGCUUGACUUCUGAGCAAGAAAAAGAUGUUGACAAGCUUAUAACGAGGCUAGUUUCACACGAAGAAGCGCACAUUGCGUUAAUGGAGCUUAUGAAAUGGAGGACAGAAGGUCUUGACUCCGUGUACGCACAAGCAGUUCAAUUGAAACAAAGGGACCCCAUAACCGGUAAAAUGAAAAUAGCUAACCCGCAAAGUAGCAGACUGGUUUGGGAAACUUAUCUAACAGAUUUCAAAUCUCUGAGGAAAGUGGCAGUGAGAUUGAUCUUUCUUCAUGCCACUUCAUGUGGGUUCAAGUGGAACCCAUCUUUAUUCAAAUGGGCUCAAUCAAGAAACGGGAUCGAUAAGGCACAAAAGUUGAUAUUCAUUGCUGCCCAUUCAAAACUUGAGAGACGAGAUUUCUCUAAUGAUGAAGAAAGAGAUGCAGGAUUUUUCUCGUUGGCUAGUCGAGAGGAUGAUGUGCUGAAUGAUGUUUUGUUUGAUACAUCCUCAUUAUGAAAUCCCAUCUUUCUUUCACUUGCUUUUGAUGAUUAUAAUUCAUAGUUUAUGUAGGACUUUUUUUUCCUUUUGAAAUUCUUUUCACUUCUACCUGGCUUGUUUAGUUGCUCUUUUAGAAGAUUUUGGUACCUUUGAUGGCUAUAAAAUUGGGUCAUCAUUUAGUUUGAUAUAUUUUUUUAGAAAAUUUAAGAUGGAUAUGUUUCCUUUUUGUCUACUUGUACAAGGAAUCAUAGAUCAUAUGCAAAUUGUUGUACCAUUCUUAAUGAUAAGUGUUGGCCUUCA